ACUUUAGCACGUCGCACGUGCAGUGUAAAGUGCUGUAGAAUAAAAAACUAUUUUAUUGUAUUUAAUUCCUUUAUAAAAAUCUAAUGAAUUAAAACCAAAAAAUGGCAGAUAAACUAUUUUUGAACAAUGACGAUAUUCCCUACGAACCAUCAGAAUCAGAAGAUGAACUGAGCGAAGUAGAAAAAGAAAUUCUCAAAGAGGUUCGUAGAGGCAAAAAGAAAAAAUCCGAUCCCAAACAAGAGAUUCUAGCUUUCGACGAGAGUGCGGAUUCUGAUGAUGAGGAUGCAGCUGCGGAUGAUAUAAUCGGUGAUAGUGACAUUGAACGUGGCGAUGAAUACGAUGGAAUCCCGGAUUCGAAAGCCUGGGGCAAGCAACGUCGCUCGUACUAUAAUACAGAUUUUGUCGAUCAAGACUACAGUGCUUACAAUGAACAAGAAGAAGAGCAAGCCCAGCAAGAGGAAGAAGAAGCGAAAGCUAUUCAAAUGAGACUGGCAAAACAACUAGAUGAAGCCGACUUUUUCCUUGAUCUUCCCACCGGAGAUGGAGUAUCAGCUUCUGAUGAUGACGAACACGUUAAUCUCAAAGCGAAGUCAAAAAAAUCUGACGAUCAAAGCACAUAUCUUAAGUCAGACUUUAGUAAUAUGUCCCAGCGACAGAUACAACAACUCUUCAAGAAAGAUUCUCCAGAAUUUGAGGGCCUGGUUGAAGAUUUUCACACGUAUUUGGAUGAAAGUAAGAAUAUUCUUACUCCCGUCAUAGAGUUUGCCAAUAGCAUGGAAAUCAAUUUGCCUAUCUUUGACUUCGUAAGAACGAGAGACAAUAUGGUUAUGACAUAUUGCACCAAUGUAGCCUUUUAUUUGCUACUCAAGUCACAGAGAAUAUCGAUAAAAAAUCAUCCAAUAACCAAACGUUUGGUGACUCUAAAAAAACUUAUCAAUCAAGUCCAACAGAGAUACGAGGAUGUUGUAAAACCUCAACUUGAAGAACUCCUAAGGCGAAUCAAUUCUGGAGAAGAGGUGGAAAUUGAUUUGAAACCAGUCGAAAAGGUUAAGGAGAAAUCAAAGAAGAAGUUGCGAGCUUUGAGGGAAUCCAAUGGUGGAGAAGAUGGGGACAGUGGCGAAGAGUAUGACGAGGAACCGAGCAGUAAGCGAGUUAAAAUGCUUGACGAAGAUGAUGAUGGUACAACAGACGAAGACGCAGAAGAAGAAGGAGAAGAGGGUGAAGAAGAUGAAGGUGAUGCCGAACGUCGUGGCAUCACAUAUCAAAUCGCAAAGAACAAAGGUCUUAUGCCGCAUCGCAAGAAGGAACUUCGGAAUCCUCGAGUCAAGCAUCGCAGCAAAUUCCGCAAAGCACUUAUUCGUCGCAAAGGUGCUGUCCGAACAGUGCGCAAGGAAACCCAACGCUAUGGUGGAGAAAUGUCUGGUAUCAAAGCGACAACGAAGAAGGGAAUCAAAAUCAAAUCUUAAUAAGAAACGAAUUUAUUAUUAUAAUUUUGUUUUUUACUUUGUAUUCUGUGUAAUAAAAUAUUUAAAACUCCUGUUUUCCUA